AAAAGUGUCCAGCGUAUGCUAUAAAUAACAGUUCAAAAACCUUUCAGAAUGGCGCUGGUGUUGACAAAGGGUAUGAUAUGAAUCAUACCCUUUAUAUAACCUUAAAGAAUUAUUAGGAGAAAACGUGUAGCUAGAGUGAUUUUAUUUCGUGAACUGUGAAUAGUACUUUUAUGGAUUUUUUAUCAUUUAAUUUUAUGAAAAAGUAUGUGAAUAACAAAACAGUUAUGGGUAAAAUUUGUGUUCCUUGUUUAUUUCUCAAUCCUACUCUAAUAAUAUUUGGCGCUUCCUUUAAAAUUUAACCUGAUGCUAAUGUGGCGCCACCCUAAUUUAAUAUAUUUCGACGUACACUUUUUUCUCACCUCUACCCUCCAUAUCCUGGAGACCACGAAGUAUCUCCAUCUCACGAAACUUAGAUAAGAAGGAGAACUAUCGCAAUUUGUCAUAAAUUGUGUCCCCUAAAAAAGUUACAAAAUAACAAUAUUUAUUCCUGCCACUAGGGCGGCAUGGUGAUCACUUCGAUCUUAGUGACGUUACAGAAAACUGUUGAGCAUUGCGUAUUUUUAAACAUAUAUGUGGAUAAAUAUUUUUUAACUGAGUUCAACUUUUUUACAUUUAAAAAAAAAUAAAAAUAGUAUUGUUAAAGAUGGUGAAAAAGUGUGCUAUAAAAAAUUGUUUUAGUGGCUCUUCAGUUGAAAGGAAAUUAAAAUCGAAGUUAAAUCUACGACAAACAGCUUUAUUUAAAGUACCAAAGGACCCCGAAAUGUUAAAACUUUGGAGCUCAGCAAUAUCUCAACAACUUUGUCACAAUCAUUUUAUCUGCGAGUUGCAUUUUAAUAGUGACAAUAUUCUUAAAAAUUAUGAAAAAAUAAAGUUGCAAAAUGGCGAAGUUUUUGAACUUUCAAGAUCUAGAUUUGCUUUAAAAAAGGAUGCAAUUCCAAUACUGUCAGAUGUUGUCACUAAUGGUGAUACAACUUCAUCAAAUCAUUUUGAUACCAAUAAUCACUGUACUGAUGAAGAGUAUUUGCACGAAACAAGAAAUGGAAGCGAUUUGUCCGAGUUAGAUCAAAAAUUUGCCAGCUCUGCGUUGGUGGAUGAAUUAAGUAAUGAUGCUCACUCUACAGAAAAUUUGAGUGAAGAAUUCGAAGAGAAAAUAUCGAUUGAAAAUAAUUUUAUUUUGCCAAAUCAUGACAAUUCUGCACCAUUUUCACUAGCUGGGAUAUUGCAACUAUUGAAAGACCAUGGAGUGCCCCAAAAUUGGUGUUGGCCAAAACAAUCGGAAUCAAAGCCAGAUGUAAUUUUAUAUUACGUUGACGAUUAUUUGGAGAAACUAAAAUUAUCAAUCAAAAUUGAUGAUGAUUUGUCAGUACAGGUAACUAUCUUGGCAACGGGAGUUUCUAUUAAUUUUAAUUAUUCAAUAAUAUCGGCAGCAUCAUUUUGGAAUAUGUUACGAGAAAUAGAAAUUUCUCAGUUCUGUAGUGGCACUGGAGUUGACGAAAGAUGCUCAACCGCAUGUGAAGGCAUUUUACAAUCUGAUCAAAAAUAUAAACGAUUUAGAAGAGAAAUUAGAUGCUUGGCUUGUCGUACAUUACGGAAUAGGUUAUUAAUAUCUUCAAGAAAAAAGAAAGAAGAUGUAAAUAAUCGUUAUAUCACAAUUAAACGUAAACUUCAUGCGAAACAAAAACGUUUACGUCGUCUGUAUCAAAAGAGGCAACAGUUAAAAGAACAAGUAGAAGAAUUAAGAAAUCAAUGUGCUACGAAGAAAGAUAAUAUUAUUGAAGAAGAAAUAGUUGAUUUACCAGAAGCUCAAAAACAAGCUUUUCGCGCUUGCUUUCAAGUUGCUAAGCUCAAGAAUGCAAAACAACGCUGUUAUACUAUUGAGUAAAACCAUACCAUAAAUUUAUGGUAGCAAAUAUCAUAAAAUACGAUAGGUAGCAGGUAUAAGGUACUGUUUACCUAAGACAUUAAGAAAUUCCAAAAGGCCAUAAAUUCCCAAACUAUCUCAAUAAUCAAAGAAACAUAUGGUGCGAUAAAAACCCGUUAAAUCGUGUCGGGCCCUUUGAAGGUUUCUGAUUCAUAUCUAAGCACGUACGAUAUCAUAAAAGGAAAUAACAUCCUAGAUCACGUUUCUCUAUGCAUUGUUUCCCUUUCCCAAAACAUAAGAUUUUCCUUCGGGAGAUCCUGGUAGGUUAACCCUCCUACUAUUGGUUAAUCAAUUGCAUUCAACCCCUUCCCUUUCCAAAGGGGUGUAACUAAUUCAGGUAUAAAAACAUGUGAAAUCAAGUAAGACUCACUGUUCGUAACGCAUACGUUCUGUUCUUAAGGCAGGAUUCUACUUUAGUCGCUCGAAAAAAUAGGUAUUUUUGUCAAUUUUUUAUUGGAAAACUAAGAAAGAUAUUGAUGUAGGGUUUGUUGUGCUUAAUAAAUAUACUCUUAAAGUACAUUAAAAUUUUUUUUUAUUUAUUUUAUACGCUCUAUAUACAUUGGAAAGGCCCUUGAACUGAACGCCUAAAAAUAGUCUAGCCUUUGCGGUAUUGUAAAAAUCUUGACAUCGGAUUAUCUGAAAUGAAAAACUC